GAAGAAGACGAAGAAGAAAUAGUUGUAGAAGAAGAAGAAAAAAGGACGAAAAAGAAGGUACUAGUAUCGUGAUAUAAGUAAAUUCCCCCAAUAAUUUCAGUACAGCUCAGCGAAGAGGAUUCGUUUAAGAAAUAUAAAAUGUAAACAGACGUUUCCCCCUUGAAACACACCAAAAACAUGUCGGAGUAUUUAAACGCUUGCGGUUUGCUGGGUUCUUCGCCGCAGCUAGAACUGAUGGAUGAGGAAACGAUUGACGAUAAGGAAUUUGACAUUCCCCAAGUAGACACACCUCCUACCUUGGAAAGCAUCCUCAAUGAGAUGGAGGAUGAAGAGGAAGCAUUUGUGCUGGAAGAUACUUGUGUGCUGAAUACUGAAAACAUUGACUCUCACUCCUGUGAUACUGCUUCUCUUGCCAGCUCAGACAGCGGGGACCCAUCACACCUCAAACGGAAGAAGAGGGCACUGGAUUUGAAAGCGGCAGUUCAUGAAUCUGUUCUCCAACACAGCAUUCUUCAGGGCAUCUCUGCACAGAUUGCCUCGGCUGCAGACAAAGUGGAUGCUGGAUUACCAACUGCCAUUACAGUUGCAGGUGUGAUUGUUGUGGGGACGUCUCAUGGUCUGGCUUUGGUUUUUGAUACCAACCAAGCUUUACGGCUCUGUCUUAAUAACAAAAUAACUGGAGCGGAAUUUGGAGCUAUUUCUGCCCUCAGCAUCAACAAUGACUGCUCAAGACUUCUCUGCGGAUUUGCCAAAGGACAGAUUACUAUGUGGGAUCUUGCCAAUGGGAAACUUCUUAGAACUAUCACUGAUGCACACCCUCCAGGGACAGCAAUUCUCCAUGUGAAGUUCACAGCCGACCCAACUCUUGCAGUGUGCAGUGACAGUGGUGGAUCUGUUUUUGAACUGACUUUCAGGAGAGUAAUGGGCAUGCGUUCCUGUGACUCGAGAUGUCUCUUCAGUGGUUCAAAGGGGGAAGUCUGCUGUAUUGAACCGUUGUGUGCACCUUCUGACUUCACUGACCACCCUUUAACUAAUUACUAUUUACUGGCUUUGGCUUCCCUCACAAAGAUUCUGGUGAUUGGACUAAAGCCCUCCCUGAAAGUUUGGAUGAGCUUUCCCUAUAGCACGUCUGAUCCAUCCAGUGUUCCACAGCUGGCUUGGCAGUUUGUCUCCGUUCAAACAGCUGUGAACCCAAUUUUAGCUUUUUGUAAAGGAGAUACAGUACAAUUUCUCAUGAUAAAAAGAGAGGAGAUGGGUGCAAUUCACGUCAUCAAACAGAGACAAAUUCAUCUCAGCUGUGACAUUAUCAGCUUGAAUUGGAUUAACAGUCGUACGUUGGUCCUGGUAGACAGCCAUGAAAAGCUACAUGUUGUUGACCGUUCCAGUCAGGAGAUUUUGGAGAUACAGGACCUGGAGCAGGUGCAACUGGUCUAUAACAGCCGCCAUUUCAAAUCGCUGGCCACAGGAGGGAAUGUCUCCCAGGCUAUGGCUUUAGUUGGAGAAAAAGCUUGUUACCAGUCUGUUUCAAGCUAUGCAGGACAGAUUGUCUGUUUGGGAACCAAGUCUGCCCAUAUUAUGACUCUAAGAACAUGGAGAGAGCGGCUUGACUAUCUUUUGAAGCAGGAACAUUUUAUUGAAGCUCUGUCUCUGGCCUGGUCCUUCCACAAAGGAACAGCUAAGGCGGUUGUUGGAUUAUAUGGGGAUCCUUUGAAGAGAAAGGGAGUUGUUAGUGACAAGAUGGUAGAGAUCCUGUUGCAGUUUGCAGAACAUGCUCUGAAGAUGUGUCCAGAACAAGGGAGAAUCCAAGUAAUGGAGCAACAUUUUCAUGGUGUUGUUCCAGUCCUGAUAGAUUUCUGCCUGCUGCUACACAAAACCGAGCUACUAUUCGACCACCUUUAUGCUCUGCUCGUUGAGAAUGUGGUUGCUAAGGGUGUUUUCCUGGAAUCACUAGAACCAUAUAUUGUUUUGGACCGCCUUGGUCACCUGCCAACACCCAUAAUGAAGGAUCUAUUGACUCAUUACCGCUGCAAUGGCUUGAUGGACAACCUGGAGAGAUGCCUUGUACAUCUGGAUGUCACAAGACUAGAUAUACAACAGGUGGUUCAGGUUUGUUGGGAAAACCAGCUUUAUGAUGGUAUGAUCUACGUGUUCAACAGCGGCAUGAAUGACUACAUUACACCCAUGGAGAAAUUAUUUGCUGUAAUUGGCCCACCACUUCGGGAGGGGAGAGGCUUAACAGGCGAAGAAGUGGUGAUGGGGAACAAACUUUUGGUGUACAUCAGCUGCUGUCUUGCUGGACGGGCGUAUCCCCUCGGAAACAUUCCAGUGGACCUUGUGGUUCAGGUCAAGAUUCAGGUAUUUGAAUUCCUGAUUCUUCUUCAUGCAGCGGAGGCAUCGUCACAAGACAAGGCUUACCCUUUCAUUCAUACACUCCUCCAUUUUGAUACCCGAGAAUUCCUAAAUGUUCUUGCGAUGACAUUUGAAGACUUUAAAAAUGACAAACAAGCCAUUGAAUACCAGCAGAGGAUCGUGGAUAUCUUACUUCAGGUGAUGGUGGACAACCCAGACUUUACACCUUCCCAGGUUGGCGGACUAUUCACGUUUUUGGCUCGCCAGUUAUCAAAACCAGACAACACGCUUUUUGUCAACAGAAAGUUAUUUGAUCAGGUACUGGAGUUCCUCUGCAAAUCAGAUGAUGACUCUCGGCAUACUGAACGACAGCAGGUUCUGCUGCAGCUCCUCCAGGUCGGGGGUGUGGUCCAGUUUGAUGAAGGAAAUCUGUUGACUUUGGCAGAGGGAGCCAAAUUCUACCAAAUUCUGGAAUUUCUUUACGAAAAGAAACAUAUGUAUGACAAAACCAUUGACUGCUACAUGAAAGACCCUCAGAGAAAGGGUGAGAUCUUCUCUUAUAUCCACCAACUGAUGUGUACAUCGAGCCCCACAUCAGAGGAGAAACAAAUGGUUCAGAACAAAACAGUACAACAUAUACAGGAAUUGGUAACUAUUGAUGCAAGCAAGUCAGCAGACCUGGUUGCGUGUCACUUUGUUGAAGAAGUGAAGCAAAUUAUCUGUGAGCUUCCGGAUGGCGAGCUGCUUUUCAAUUUUUUGACCUGUUUCCUGGAGUCUUGGGAGCAUCAUUAUCCAGGGACCACCAUUCCUCUGGAACAAGAUCUCAACAAGCUAUUGUUGGACAUGCUGUGUCGUUUUGCCCCGCAACAACUUCUGCACUUCCUUCAGACAUCACAACAUUACAAACUGGACGAAGCCAUACAAAUCACUGAGAAGUACCACCACAUUGAAGCUACAGGAUAUCUACUGGAGAAGAAGGGAGACUAUUUUGGAGCAUUUACAGUUUUAUUAGAGGCAUUAAAAGUGAAACUAUCUGUGCUCACUGCUGACACCAGCAGGGAACAGAGGGAAGAUGAAGAAGACAAUGAGUCAAUUGUUUUGAGCAGAGUUGAGGAUUCAUUGAACGACCUCAUUGCUUUAGGUCAUCGCAGCUCUCAGAAACUCCAGGAGCCAAAGAUAAAGGAGCUUUGGUUUUCGUUAUUGGAGAUACUGAUGGCCUCUCAAAAACAAAUAAAAAGGCCCCCAGCUACAAACAUGUCUGAAGUGUUAAAGGACCUGACAAUGAACGUUUUCAACAGUAUGAGCAGCUUUAUUUCACAACCUGACAUCAUCCAGCUGAUACUGCAGGACCACCUUUAUGGAGAAGGACAAGUUGCAGAGAUCCAUGGUCUUCUUCUUGGGAUGCUCAACACUUUCAACUAUGAACAGACAUUAUUUGAAACAACUACUCGUCUGUUGAAUAAUGACCUCCACUGGUCCCUGGCUCAUCUGCGAACAGCUGUGACAAAGGGACUUCAUCCAAGACAAGACUACUGUCACAUCUGCAUUCAGCAGUGCAAGAGGUGGCAUAACUCAACAGACGAGAUCAUCAUAUUCAAUUGUGGUCACCUUUACCACAUCCAGUGCUUGCAGCAGCAUGACUGUGGGCUGGGAUGUGCUUCAGAACAACAGCAGCAGUGGAGUUGCUAUAAGUGUUCCAGCAGUCAGAGUGGAAGAGGUGGACAGUAUAUCACACCAAAGAAAAGCCGCAGCACAUCUCUUGUAAAGACCCACCUUUCAUCCAUGCAUCACGAUGAAGGUCGUAGAAAAAAGGUGCUGGAGGAGGCAACAUUAGACUUUCAACAAGACCAAUCCUGGGAUCAGCUCCGUUGUUUAUACAAAGGUCCAUCACGACUGUCCAUCCUGGCAGAGCUCUCUCACUGUCAUCACAAUGAGAAGUCAAAGAGUCUAACUCAAGCUCAUCCAGGACAAGAGGGUUUCGAUCUGAAACUUUCUCCUCCGCCUCUUAUGGAGGAAUAGCAUGGGAAUUAAAUGAAAUGUCUGGAAGUAGGAGCUGGCAUCUACACGGAGGAGCGGUCUACUUUUAAGAAAACAAAUCGACCCUUAAUGUCUUAAUAAGUAAUAACGAGCAAACACAGGUGUAUAUUUUUCUUAUUAUUUUUAACACUGUCAAUUGUGUAAACAUAAUGACAAAGUUUCUCGGAGAACAAAAUAGUUUGGAGUUGGACAAAUGUUUGUUUCAGUUGGUGAAGAAGAAUAUCUUCACAGUUUUAAUAAAACAAUGGUGUCUUA